UGUGCUGAUGCUGUGAUGAUCCUGACUGUGCAGUUAGUCCGCUGUAAACACAUCUCUCAUUUCGUGUGUGUGAAGGAGAUGGUUAAAGCUUCACCAAAGUUUUUGCAGUGUCCUUACUGCAAAGCCAUAUAUGGAAUUAGACAAGGCAACCAACCCCAAGGCUCUAUGAAAGUUGAGUGGGCACCCUACAAGCUUCCAGGACAUCCUGACUGUGGUACAAUUAUUAUAAAGUAUAGCUUUAAAGAUGGUAUUCAAGGACCAGAGCAUCCUAAUCCUGGAGAACCGUACAGAGCACAUGCUUUUCCACGGGUUGCAUUUCUUCCUGACAAUACUAAGGGAAAUAAGGUACUGAAACUGUUACAAGAGGCAUGGAAACGGCGCUUGAUCUUCACAGUGGGUACAUCGGCCACCUCUGGGUUGAGGGAUGUGAUAGUUUGGAAUGACAUUCACCAUAAAACAGAGCCCUCCUCUAAUAUCAGUGGUCAUGGCUACCCAGAUGAAUUCUACCUGGACACUGUACUUAUGGAACUGGAAAUUGCUGGGGUUACAGAUGCAACAACUGAGUAAUGUUAACAUUGUCACAGACUUUGCCCGAGUAAUAAAUAAUUAUUUUGCUUAUC